AUGGGAUUCAGAAUCGGCUUCGUACCCGAGCACUUCUCGACGCCGAUCCACUUUGCGCAAAAGCACUACGGACUCGAUGCGGAACUGGUUCCGUUCCCAUCCGGAACGGGCCAUAUGAUUACGGCGCUGCGGGCCGGGGAGAUCGACGUGGGCAUCGGCUUGACGGAGGGCUGGGUGGCCGGGUUGGGCAAGGCGCAAGAGGCCGGCGAGGAGGAUGGGGGAUACCGGCUCGUCGGGACCUAUGUUGAAACACCGUUGUGCUGGGCCAUCUCGACGGGCGCGGACCGUCCCGAGAUCCAGUCGGUUGACUCGCUGCAGGGCGGAAAGAUCGGCGUGUCGCGCAUAGGUUCCGGGAGCUACGUGAUGGGGUAUGUGCUGGCGGACGAGCGUGGGUGGCUGGUGCCGACGGCGGCCGUGGGCACGGCCAAGGAGCAGGCAUCACCGUACUCAGACACGGUGGUGCUCAACACCUUUGAGAAGCUCCGCGGGGCCGUCAACUCGGGCGAGGCCGACUUCUUUAUGUGGGAGCACUUCACGUCCAAGCGCUACUACGACAACGGCGAGAUCCGCAAGGUCGGCGAGAUCUACACCCCCUGGAGCAGCUGGAAGAUCGUCGCGUCGACCCGCCUCCUGUCCGCUGAGUCGCCGCAGGACACCUCUCGUAUCGAUGACCUGCUCGACAAGCUCAACCUGGGCAUCCGGCACUUCAACGAGCACACCGAAGAGGCAGUGCAAUACAUCAGCACCCAGUUGGACUACUCGGAGGCAGACGCGCGCGAGUGGCUCAAGACGGUCCGCUUCCCCGAGCGCACCCAGGGUGUGGACCCCCAGGUGGUUGACAGCACAGUUGAGAUUCUGUGCAAGGCGGGUGUGUUGGCCGUGGGCGGUGGUGUAAACGCGCCGGCUAUGAUUGAGAAGACGCGGUAG